GACUCAAAAUAAACAAUAGCAUAUGCUUGAACACCCUUACUUUGUCUCUAGUCCCACUUUCCCUUCACUUUCUCUGUUCCACUACUGACUCCACCAAAACCCCACAACACAGCACAACACACUCCUCAUGUUGAAUGAUCAAACUCAAACAUCUUCUACAAGCCAUGAUGCCAUAGAGGAAGAAAACACUGAUACUAGCAAUGAGCAACAAGUAAGAGAAAUCCACGCCUUAACCCCAAGAAGAGAGCCUAAUUGGGAAACACACAGCCACCAACCUUCUUCUGUUUCCACUGAGAACUUCAGCAUGAGUAGGGAAUUCAGUGCCCUCGUUCUGGCAGGCUCAAGCAUCGACCAUAGUCCCUUGAGUGUCAUGCAUGGCAAUGAAGGGGGUGUUAAUAGUAAUAGCAACAACACUAACAACAACAACAACUUGAACUUGGGGAGGAUUGGUGAGGAUGAUGAGUUGUUGAUGAUGGAAGAGACUAACCCUUUGGCGAUUGUGGCAGAUAGAAACCCUUUGGAGGAGGUUUCGGCUUCUAGGGGUGGAGGGUCUUCUUCUAGUGGUGGUGAGGUGACACUGCAGAGGGUGAGGAAGGAGGAGGUUGAGGCAAAGAUUGCGGCUUGGCAAACUGCUAAGGUUGCCAAGAUCAAUAACAGGUUCAAGAGGGAAGAUGCUGUUAUAAAUGGCUGGGAGAAUGAGCAGGUUCAGAAAGCAACUUCAUGGAUGAAGAAAAUUGAGAGAAAGCUAGAGGAUAAAAGAGCAAAAGCAAUGGAGAAAAUGCAAAAUGAGGUAGCAAAAGCUCAUAGAAAAGCUGAGGAGAGAAGGGCAUCAGCAGAGGCUAAAAGGGGAACUAAAGUAGCCAGGGUUCUGGAGAUUGCAAACCUUAUGAGAGCAGUUGGAAGAGCACCAACCAAAAGAUCUUUCUUUUAAGUUAUACUAUAAUAAAUAAAUGUUAUAUUUUUAAACCACAUUUAAAGACAAAAAAAAAUGACCAAAAAGAGAAACAUAGAGAGAAAAGAUCAUGGCAUAAUAGAUGACAUAGUGUGAUGAGAGCCCCUUUUUCCUUUUAAAUUUAACUUAAAGGGUUAAAGAGGGGUAGCAGCAGUAUAAAGAAAAAGAAGAUAUGGGGGUAUAAGUAUAAACUAUUAUAUAUUAUAUAGAAACCAAUUGGAGUGUUUUUGAGUGAUUGAUUAGUGUAUUAGAAUUUAUAGACAUAAUGAUCAUUUGUUUGGUUGUGCUGAUUAAACGUUUUGUACAUUAAUAUAAUGCUUAUAUUGUAAUUAGUUGGCUUCCACUA